AGAAAAAAAUAUCUUCUCUGAUUCUCUCUAAAUCUCUGCUAUCCUCUACUCAUUUUCUCAUCAUCUCUUUUUUUCUCCCAAAACUUGUAAGUCUAUUAAAUAUUGAAAAAAAAACUGUAUUCUUCUUCAUCAAGCUUUUAAAUUUCAGCAAUGGCAACUCCAGCUAGAAAGAGACUUAUGUGGGACUUCAAGAGACUCCAGAAAGAUCCUCCUUUGGGGAUUAGUGGAGCUCCUCAAGAUAACAACAUCAUGCACUGGAAUGCUCUCAUCUUUGGACCUGAUGAUAGUCCAUGGGAUGGAGGUACUUUCAAGUUGACUCUUCAGUUCACUGAGGAUUACCCAAACAAACCACCAGUAGUUCGCUUUGUUUCACGGAUGUUUCAUCCAAACAUUUAUGCUGAUGGAAGCAUUUGCUUGGAUAUAUUACAAAACCAAUGGAGUCCCAUAUAUGAUGUCUCAGCAAUCCUCACAUCAAUUCAGUCUCUGCUUUGUGAUCCAAAUCCUAACUCGCCAGCAAACUCUGAAGCUGCGAGGUUGUUCAGUGAGAACAAAAGAGAGUAUAACAGGAGGGUUAUGGAGAUUGUGGAGCAGAGCUAUGCUUAAUACUAUUGUGAUUCUAUUUGUAUUGACUGUUGAGAAACUUGAGAGUGAAUAGUUUUUAUCUUCUUAUGUCAUAUAAAAUUGGAUUUUAUAAGUUUCAAACUAUGAAUCAUCAAACUCCAAUAGAAAACAGCACAUAAUUGCAAAAACAAGCUAAUAAACUUGCAACUAUGUACACCUUGAACAAAUCAUUCAACCUGCAAUGAGCAAGCUCGUGUUAGGGCUUUUUAAAAUAUGAUAACCCAUUAAUGUUUCUCAA